AAGUUAUGCUACGUGGCCUUGGUCUCACAGAGAAAAUCUGUGCAGUUCUGGCCUCAGCUCUCAGCUCAGAGAACUCAAAACUGAGAGAACUGGACCUGAGUGAGAAUUACCUGCUGCAGGAUUCAGGAGUGAAGAAGCUCUGUGAGGGACUGAAGAGUCCAAACUGUAAACUGGAGACACUGAGGCUGCAGCACUGCAGUAUUACAGAUGAAGGCUGUGCUGCUCUGAUUAAAGUUCUGAAAUCAAACCCCUCAUCUCACCUGAAAGAGCUGAACCUGGGCUGGAAUGAACCACGAGAGUCAGCAAUGAAGGAGCUCUCUGUUCUACUGAAGAAGAAAACCUGUAAACUGGAGAAAUUAGAGCUGUGUAACUGCAGGAUUACAGGUAAAGACUGUGCUACUCUGAUUAAAGCUCUUAAAUCAAACUCAUCUCAGCUGAGAGAGCUGAAUCUAAACUGGAAUUAUCCAGAAGAUUCAGCAGUGAUGGAGCUCUCUGAUCUACUGAAGAAUCAACACUGUAAACUGGAGAUACUACUACUGGUUAACUGCAGUAUUACAAAUGAAGGCUGUGCUGCUCUGGUUAAAGCUCUGAAAUCAAACCGCUUAUCACUCCUGAGAGAACUGAACCUGAGCUGGAAUAAACUAGGAGAUUCAGCAGUGAGGGAACUCUGUGAACUACUGAAGGAUCCACACUGUCAACUGGGGAAACUAUGGCUGGUUAACUGCAGUAUUACAGAGGACAGAUGUGCUGCUCUGGUUAAAGCUAGGCUAUCCUCAUCACACCUGAAAGAGCUGAACCUGAGAGACAAUUUUCCAGGAGAUUCAAAUGUGAAGGAGCUCUCAGCUCUACUGAAGGAUCCAAGCUGUAAACUGGAGAAACUACAGACAAAGGAGAUGUGACGAUGAAGGAACCACUUACCAAAAAAUAAGAAGAGCAAGGAUCCGUACAAUAAAAAGACACUCACACACACUAUGUGGUUCUACCCUGUAAUGUGUGUGACCUCAUUGGGCAGAUCGGCUGUGUCCUCUCCCUAUGACAUCACUACCUCUACUCCAGAGGCUGCACCUCCAGCGAGCCAUCCAUCAAGCUUCCCACGUUUAAGGAAAACCCACUUG